GGUCGAUCCCUACUUGGGGUGCCUUUUGUUGAACCCCUAAGAGGCGGGAAGUUGACUCACUUCCCGUCAUUGACAACAACGUGUGAUCAGCAAACUACACACACAAACACAGGCAGUGUGUGUUUGUGGGUGCAAAACUUCACCGUGUCCAUUACGGGCUGAACUUGGGUGCCACUCUUUUGCAGACAAAAACACAUGUUGCAAAAGCAUGCUUUCCAACACAGUCAUUAGCACAUACAGUCUGUAGGUAUCUGUCUAGUAUGUAAAGUCACAAAAAUAAGCAUUUGUGUGACUUUACAUCUUUCUGGGCUUAAUUGAAUGAGGUCAUCAACCCAACCAGAGGGAAGAGAGAGAAACUUCCCUUAUUUUGGCCUCUAAUCAACCAAAGUAUGACUGAGAAGAAUGCCGUGGGGUCCUGUUGUAAUCCUCUGUGUGUCUGUUUAUGGGUGGGUGUGUUGUGAAUGUCUGUGCUGGUUUAUGGGUGGGUGUGUAUGUGUCUGUCUGUCUGUUUAUAGAGUGUGUGCUUGUGCUUGUACGUGUGCGUGCGUGUGGUUCUCAGACACCCCCAGGGUCAAAGGAAAGAGAGAAGUUGCCUCGUGCUGGAGCUAAACCUCGGGGAGGAGCGUUAGCUUGAUGUGUAUUUGCAGACACAUUGAAAAACCAAAAAAAUCCCACUUCUCUUUGUGGCACUGAGCAGAAACUGCUCUCUCAGCUGGUAGAGACAACAAAGCCUGCAUCGACAGACCCUGUGAGCCGGGCAGACUGCGCUGCUUACUUUUGAUCUGUGUUUCUGAUGGUGGGCUGUUUGCAUGGUACAGCAGCUCCGAUGGAGGCCAAAGCCAUCUGCUCUCUCCACAGCCAAAGGUGCAAAGAGAUCCGUGCCCAGCUGGUGGAGCAGCUCAAGUGUCUGGACCAGCAGUGUGAGCUGAGGGUGCAGCUCCUGCAGGACCUGCAGGACUUCUUCCGGAAGAAGGCUGAGAUCGAGAUGGACUACAGCCGCAACCUGGAGAAGCUGUCGGAGAGAUUCCUCACCAAGACACGCAGCACCAAGGAACAUCUGCUCAAGAAGGAGCAGAGUGUGUUGUCAGCGGUCAACUGCUGGAACCUGCUGCUGGCGCAGGUGAAGAGGGAGAGCCGAGACCAUGCCACCCUGUCCGACCUCUACCUCAACAACAUCAUCCCGCGCUUCGCCCAGGUCAGCGAGGACUCUGGACGCCUCUUCAAGAAGAGUAAAGAAGUGGGCGUACAGCUCCAAGAGGACCUGAUGAAGGUGCAUAAUGAGCUCUAUACGGUGAUGAAGACGUACCACGUGUACAACACUGACAGCAUCAACGCCGAGUCUAAGCUGAAGGAGGCGGAGAAGCAGGAGGAGAAGCAGAUGGGGCGCUCCGGUCGCCAAGACGACAGGCAGACCCCCCGCUCCCCGGACGCCCUGGCCAGCAUCAAGACGGAGGACAAACACGUCCGGCGCUCCAGCGUCAAGAAGAUCGAGAAGAUGAAGGAGAAGAGGCAGGCUAAAUACACAGAGAACAAGCUGAAGGCCAUGAAGGCCAGGAACGAGUACCUGCUUGCUCUGGAAGCCACCAACAGCUGCGUCUUCAAAUACUACAUCCAUGACCUCUCCGACAUCAUCAACUGCUGUGACCUGGGCUACCACGCUAGCUUGCACCGCGCCCUGCGCACCUACCUGUCCGCCGAGCUCAACGUGGAGGCGUCCAAACACACCGGCCUGGAGGGCCUGGAGGGGGCGGCGGAGUGCCUGGAGCCGAACGGGGACAAGCAGAAGCUCAUGGAGACCUACAACAACGUCUUCUGUCCGCCCGUCCGCUUUGACUUCCAGUCGCACAUGGGGGACACGAUGGGUAUGAUGUGUGCCCAGAUGCCAUUGGAGGAUGAGCUGCUUCAGAGGCGUCUGCAGCUGCAAUCCCGCCUCUCGACCCUCAAGAUCGAGAACGAAGAGGUGAAGAAGACCAUGGAGGCCACGCUGUCCACCAUCCAGGACAUGGUGACGGUGGAGGACUACGACGUGUCCGAGUGCUUCCACCACAGCAACAGCAUGGAGUCGGUCAAGUCCACCCUCAGCGAGUCCUACCUGAGCAAGCCCAGCCUGGCCAAGCGGCGGGCCAAUCAGCAGGAGACGGAGCAGUUCUACUUCACGAAGCUGAAGGAGUUUCUGGAAGGCAGGAACCUGAUCACCAAGCUGGAGGCCAAGCAUGACCUCAUCCAGAAGACCCUGGGAGAGAGCCAGAAGACCGACUGUUGCCUUGCCAGCGGACGGAGAAACUCAGCCGUGCGGAAGCAGGACUCGGGUCAGACCAUUCCUCUGAUGGUGGAGAGCUGUAUCCGCUUCAUCAGUCGCCAUGGCCUGCAGCAUGAGGGCAUCUUCAGAGUGUCUGGCUCCCAGGUGGAAGUGAAUGACAUCAAGAAUGCCUUCGAGAGAGGUGAGGAUCCGUUGGCAGGGGAUCAGAAUGACCACGAUAUGGACUCCAUCGCUGGCGUCCUGAAGCUCUACUUCAGAGGACUGGACCACGCCCUAUUCCCCAAGGAGGUCUUCAAUGAACUCAUAUCCUGUGUCUCUAUGGAAAGUCUCCAGGAGAGAGCAGUCCACAUCCGGAAGGUUCUGCAGUCUCUGCCCAGCAAGACCCUCAUCAUCAUGAGAUAUCUGUUUGCCUUCCUCAACCACCUGUCCCAGUACAGUGAGGACAACAUGAUGGACCCCUACAACCUUGCCAUCUGCUUCGGCCCCACGCUGAUGUCGGUCCCGGAGGGCCACGACCAGGUGUCCUGCCAGGCGCACGUCAACGAGCUCAUCAAGACCAUCAUCAUCCACCACGACGGCAUCUUCCCCGGGCCCCGGGACCUACAGGGGCCCGUGUACAGCGCCCCCGGAGCCCUGGAGGAGUUCUGUGACAGCCCCCACUGUGAGGCCCCCCUGGUCGACCUUUCUGCCCCCAACACCCCCACUGUGGUCCAGAUCAGUGACGACGGCUCCUUGGGCGUUUCAGAGUCCGACCCCAUCGAGGCCGUCGCUCGCUUCGACUACACCGGGCGAACCAAUCGGGAGCUCUCGUUCAAGAAGGGCGCCUCCCUCCUCCUGUACCAGCGAGCCACAGACGACUGGUGGGAGGGGAGACACAACGGAGUGGAAGGACUGGUGCCGCACCAGUACAUCGUGGUCCAAGACAUGCCUGAUGGCGGCCGGGGCAGCCCCAAGCCUGAUGUUGAGUCCCGGGACCUGCUGGAGGAGAGGGUCUCGACUAGAGGCAGCGCCGCCUCCCCCACCGGAGCCCACGUAGCUGACAUCUACCUAGCCAACCUGAACAAGAUGAGGAAGCGGCCAGAGUCCGGCAGCAUCCGCAGAGCCCUCCGGGGCUCCGAGAGCGACGGCACCAGCCCCGGCGCGGGCCCCGGGGCCCGGACCGCCUCCCUGCCCGUCGGGGCGGUCAUGGCCAAGGAGAGCGGAGACAAGCGGCCAGUGAGCGCCCACAGCAUCCUCAACUCCAUCACGCGCCACGCCUCGCUCAAGACCAAGGUGGAGAGUCCGCAGAUGCGUAAGACGUCCUCCGCCGGUCGCUCCAAGAGCUUCAGCAACCACCGACCCCUGGACCCCGAGCUGAUAGCCCAGGUGGACCACAGCUCCCAGGACAUCGAGGCGGCCAUGAGCUCGGCCCUGAGCGAGCUGCGGGAGCUGGAGAGGAAGAGCGCCUCCAAGCACAGGCCGGCGCCCGACGUGGUGCUGGACACGCUGGAGCAACUGAAGGGGGUCUGCGGCGGCGGCGGGGGCGACCGAGGGGGGAGCGGGGGGGCGUCGGAGCCCUCCAGCCCGCUGCACUCCCGCCUGCUGCGGGACGGCGAGGGGGGCUCGGCCCACGGCCACCCGCUCCAGCGCAGCGUCUCCUCGGCCAGCGACGUGCCCUCCUCCUUCCGGCCCAUCAAGACCCAGCUGCGGAGCCCCCUGCCCUCCGCCACCUCCCCCUCCCUCUCCCUGUCCUCCUCCUCCUGCCUCUCCUCCUCCGUGCCCUCCUUCCGGGAGUGCCGGCCCCCCGCCACGCGGCCCAAGCCCGUGGUGUUCCCCAAGGGGGGCAGCGGCGGGGGCAGCCCCGUCACGGGCUCCCCCACCUCCAGCGUGCCCCCUCCCCCGCCCUCCCCCCACACACACUCUGUGCCGCCGCCGCCCCCUCCGCCCCAGUCCAACGACAAGUCCUGUCCGGCCUAGAACACCACCACACACACACACACACACACACACACACACACACACACACACACACACACACACACACACACACACACACACACACACACACACACACACACACACACACACACACACACACACACACACCACCUCUGCCCCAUCUUCUCUUUACUGCUUCUCCCCCCCACCCACCCCUCACAAACACGCACGCACACACACACUUACACUUCAUCCCAACUUCCUGUCUGAUACACGCAUGGUAAUUGACUCAUUAAGUUUCACCAUACAACACAAGACCCCAACUACUUUACUACACAUAUGUAGCAUUGACCUAGCGGCCUCCAGGCGUCCCUGUUAGCUGCCACCACCAGCUCCAUCUCAGCCUCUGUCUUAUCCCACACAUCCCAUCACCUUGCGUGAGAUCCCUGACUGAGCCCAUUCAUCUGUCCGCAAACACCAUCUCACACACAAGGGAACAGGACUCAGGGUUUAUAGUACACUAGUUUGCGAUGCUUGAGAUUGCGGGUUGAUUUUUUUGAGUGCAAGACUGUUACUGACAUUUAUACACCGAUUUGAGUGAGGAACAUUGAGCACUGUUGAAACUUUUCAGUUUUUUGUACAGUAGAUUACUUUUAUGACCCGUCGUGGACUUGAAAAUGGGGUGUUUUAUUCCUUACAAUAGACUGUGAAACUCUUCUUGAGAUCUCGGUCCAAUCCCGUCACACCAACUCUGAUCUCAACUGAUUUGGAAUAUAAGAGUGAGUGGGGGAGAUAAACCGACGGAUGGAUGAAGAGGAAAAAUGUGACGCAAGACUACAAGCGAGAGCUGGGGCCAAAUAUCAACCUAAAUCAAAUGGCUUCUCUCUACGCAUGGCCUUCCUCUUCCCAUUUAGAGUCAACACGGACAACGCUGAUUACUGUUGCUAUGUCUUUCCACUAGGACCGCAGGAGCAGCAUAUUAUAAUGUGCUUUCUAACCCCUGACACGUAAUUCAGAAUCUGUAGCAAUAAAGGAGGUAAAUAAAUAAAAGUAAACUAGCAGUUUGAGGAAUUAUGUUUUGUUUUUCCCUGCAGCUGUCCCUGUGUGUAAGGGGCAAAAUUUUUUAAUCCACCAUUCCUAUGCAUGAUGUUGGAUUACACGCACACGCACAACCCAGGAUAUAUAUGUGUGUCAGUGUGUGUUGAGUCUUUAUUUGGCAGCUAUUCGCCUUUCAGGUUCUCUUAGCAUGCUGGGCAGUUGUAUUGGCAAGCGGACUGACUGCAUCAGCAUUGUCAACAUACAGCUAUAAGACAAUAAGAACAAGUAUGAUUAUAGCUUGCUCUUAUACUCGCUUUUACUCUGAUUUAAAGACAACAAGGGUUUUACACUUCUAGCGGUGUGUUUGAGUGCGUGUGUAUGUAUGUUUAAUGAUCAUGGGUAACUGGAAGCAAACACACUGAGGAUGUUUCCUGAGUGGGUUGAAGGUUUUUGGUAGAAGCACAACCAACCACCUCAUCCAAUUAGUUAAGAAAAAAGAACAAGAAAAAAAGGAUUGCUUAUAUUAUUACUACUCCAAGUUGGUUAUUAAUAAAUAAAUAUAUAUAUAUAUAUAUAUAUAUAUAUAUAUAUAUAUAUAUAUAAAUUGUAAAAAAGUUAAACUUUGUUCCUGUCGGCUGUGUAUGGAUAUGUGAGUGUCAGUAUAUGGAGUGCGUGUCUACAGUUGUAUAUGUAAUUUCACAUCCAGUUGUCAUCACCACCACAAAUAUUGUUUCUGGACCAGUUGAAUAUAAUAAAAGGGAACAAACUGCCUUCUGGAGACAGGGGGAGGUGCAAUCUGCUUUCAAUGAUGGUGACAUUCAGCAUUGACUUGAAUUGAAUAGAUAAGGGCCAGGUUGGGUUCCCUUUAGCUUCCAGCCAGUGCAGUACCAACACCAGUUGCCGGCCAGCAUUCACGACACAAAGGUUAUACCCAGAACCGUGUAUGGACCAAACACGACUUUUAGGGAAAACCUUGAAAUGAGAAUAUUUACAGAGAAAUCCUAAUGUUUUCAUCUCUCUGCAAACUCCCAUUUACAAUGUAUCCCUUUUGCGAACUUCUCUCAACUUUACGUAUUGAAUAGUUAAUUCCUCUUAUUUUCAAUAACAUCCCAUCUACUGACCAGUGAAACCUACUUAAGUCCCUCUCUACCCGGUCAUAUUUGUUAAUCGUCCUGGGGUUUGUUUGUCUUAUCUGUUACGCUUACCUCAUGACAACUGGAGAUAUUGUAGGGGUUUUCUUUGAGUUGUAUUUCUUGCAGUGAGUGAUUUAAGUGAGAAGACUUGUACUAAACAUAAGUGCACACUCAAAUACACACAAAUGUAGACUUUGGGGAUACCGUGGGUUCUUUUUUCCAACUAUGCUGUGAAGGAGUCAGGGCCAUCUUGUCUCCAUGGGGCCCGGUUAGAUCUUGGCCCUGCCGUGGUGCACGUGAAUGAACUUGGUGUGCAUGUAUGAACUGACCAAAUGGGGAUGCUUUUAGUUUUUUGUCUAAAUGGAAUAUGUUUAAAAUAUGCAUUUAUUGUGUCCAUUUGAAACAGCAGAACUAAAAAAAAAGAAGACUGUAAUGUCAAAUCUAUUUAUAGUUGUCUCUGUAUUACUGAAAAAAAUCCUGUGUUCAGGUGUACUUUGUAUAUACAAUGUUGUACAUUACAGAGGUACACUCUUUUUUUUGGUACAAUAUUGUACAGUAAUAGCAAUAGUAGUAUAAUCAAAUAGGCCUUAUAUAAUUCCAUGUGUAGUUCUUGCAGUAAUCUGUUUCCUUUUUAUUUGUUGUUUUUUAAUAAACUUGCUUGCAAUAAAA